UUUUUAGACAAACCUGAAGGUGCAAGGCUCACUACCAAUACUUCACAAAAUACCAUCAUUAAAGGAGAUACAGUUACAUUCAAGUGCAUAGUUAUGGCUGCUGUGCCACAAGUGUCAAUUUACAAGUUUUACUUCAAUGGCUCCCUCCUCAGUGAUAACAGCAACAGUGAGUAUACUCUCAAUAACGUCAACCGAUCUCAGCACCAUGGUGAUUACAAAUGUGUCCCACAUAAUGCUGUUGGAGAUGGAGCAGAAGCCACUGUGAGACUUAACAUAAAUGGUGGGCAGAAAUGUCUUUGAGCAUUUUUAAGUAAUUUGGACAAGUAAUCCAAAAAACAUUUUUUACCUAUUUACAUUGCAACAAUGAAACUUCCAACACUCUGAAUUAUUACAUCCCUGACCAGAGAAGAAUAGAGACCCUAGUAACAAGGUUGACACGGUUGUGCCUGCCCCCCCCCCCCUCCCUUUACAGGUUUUUCCUGGGAGUAAUGGGAAUGAGUGCAGAGUGUGAGGUGGGUUAGGGGAAGGAGAAAAAAAGUCCACCUGAAGAGGUGACUCCCUCAGCUUUCCACACAAUGCUCCUUCCCAAGGUACUUUGGAAAAGAGGUGGUGAAGGAUGCCUGUCUCAGAAAAUUUAGCCAGGGCCUAAUAGUAAAUGAGUGCCUAAUAGCUAAAGUUGUGCCUGAUAAUAAUGAACUGGUACUUAAUAAUGAUGAACAGAUGCCUAAUAAUGAUGGGCUUGUGCCUAAUAACAAAAUGGCAGGUGCUAAAUAAUAAAAACCAAUAACUUAUUAUGAUGAACUUGAGUCUAAUAAUAACGAAACAAGCCUAAUUAUGGUUCACAAGUGCAUCAUAGAAACAAAACAAUGAUUUGGCAGGAAUGGCACCCCGUGGUGCUUGCCGGGCUGAAGCAAUUAUCCUGUGUCCACUAAAAACUGUAAACUUAUGCUUUUCAUCAGAAUAUUUGCUUUUCAUCGGAAUAUUUUAAAACCGGUGCAAAUUAUGAUUAGCUGAUAAAGUGAAAGUUUGUUUCCGUUUUUUUUUUUUUUUUUUUUUCAAUAUUUUUUUAGUGUAUGAAGUGGAUGAUAUUGAACCAAAUCACACUCUAAUGUUAUGGUUUGAAAACUCUUUUGUUCCUCUCCUUUUCUCCAGUUCCUGUCCAGUUCACAGAAGUGCCACAGAAUAUAACAGUUAACACUUCAGCUCCUCUGUUUUUGAGCUGUGAUGCCUCUGGUUUUCCUGAACCUAAGAUAAGAUGGGAAAAAUCUGGGAUUAAGUUGUCAGACACCAAACAGCUGAACAUCUCUAGUAGUAACAGGAAUUAUGCAGGAGAAUAUGUUUGCAUCGCAAGCAAUGGAGUGAGAUGGGAAAAGACAGUAAGAGCUUAUGUCACUGUGCAAUGUAAGUCUUUUUUUCAAUAUGUCAUAAAAAGCUGCCACAGCUGUUGAAUAAAUGAUACAGUCAAACUUAUAUUAAGCAGCACUAUAUUAAGCGGUUACCCUGUAUUUAGUGGUCAGUUGUCAGAGUCCCAAAUUUUUUUCUCCUUAAUUGUUGUAAUUUUCACCUCUUUAUAGUGGUCACCUCUAAUAAGUGGUCGUGGUUACCUUUGACUGAGUGACAAUAGCCUGUUUGUGUUGUCUUCCACCUGUAAUGAAUGGUCAUAUAAAGCGGAACGACUCGAUUAAAACUAAGGAUGAUUUUUUUGUGUAAAUUCAAUCCAUGUUUAAAACAGGUUUCAUUAUUGUACAAAAUAACCAACUGUCCAACUAUAGUGAGAUUUUUAAACUCGAUCCGUGCAUUAUUUGUACUCUCUUAGGUGCAGUUGGAUAAUAAUUAUAUGUUAAUCAUAGGCCGGGAGGUCAGUAUUGGGAAAAACUGUGCCCAAAGUCUUUAGUACUGCCAAAGGCAGUACACGAGACAGACACAAGACACACAAUUCAGACCAACCUAGACUGGUUAUGAACAUUUUUUAUUUUUCCUUGAAGUUAACAAAAUACUUGCCAAAAGAACAUGAAUUGAUUUAGGGCUGUAAUUAUGGCAAGAUCCUCCAUAAACUGAACAAACCUUUAGCGAGUAAAUUAUAGUUAAAAUGGAGGUAAUGCAAAUUAAAGAGAAAGGCUUCACCAAAACAUUGUUAUUUGCCUUAUGAUGUAGGUGAUUUAUAAAGCUUCCAAACAAACUUGGAAACAUUAUUUUUACAAGUAUCUGUCACCAUGUGACACCUGUCAAUUAGAGAGCACUUGAAAAAAAAAGUGCAUGUACACUUUCGAAAAAAAGUUCAUGAACUCUCACAACAAUUUUUUCUUCAAAAACAGUCAAUGUUCUUAGGUAAAGUAUUAUUCACUUCCACCAACAACUAAUGUACAAAGAUUUACCUCUGUCAGUCAGUAAAUGACAACAAAAGUAAGUGCAAGUAAAUUCAAAUGUAUGUUUUGAAGUUGUGAGAGUUUGCUCGUUUGUUUGCUGCAAUGGGCGUGUGUAAAUCUGGUCUUUCUUCCACCCAGAAACAAAAUAAUUUUGUUUAUUUUUUGUUUAUUCAUCUGAGACACUUUUACUAGACACAACAAGAGUCAAUACGACCUUUUCUCAUUGAGUUUCUUGGUUUCUGCUCUGUAAUUUACAGUACAAAUGUCCAAAAACGGACUUGGAAAGACUUAUUGAAAGCGUAUUUGUAGCAGAGCUGAAAACUUUACUCACCCAUUCACAACGAACAAGAGAGAAUUCACAGAAUACAUAGAUUUAGCCAAGCCUAAAAGCAGAGCGUCAGUAAGUUUAUUUUCUGGCCCUUCACUUUACAAAAAGUCCUCUGCAGUCGUUGUCAAAGAGGUUAUUGAAGGGGACCAGCUGGGGUGGGGUAUGGGGGAAAAUUGGGGUCUGAAUUGAGGGAUAAUGUUUUCACAACUUAACAAAGUGACCAGCAUAUGUGCUAGUCAGCGGUAUUUUCAGGCAGAUGAAGACCUCUGUUGAUAUUCCUGAUAUUUUGAACAAAUUUUCGAGGAUAGGGAAACUUUUCUUCUUCAGAUGUAGUGUAUGAUGUUAGUAUCAGUUGAAAUGAUAUUCUAUUGGAAUGAAUUAAAAUAUUGGUUUGCGAAAACGAGCCAAAAUUAAAGAAACGACCAUAAACGACUUCGAGUUAAGAUAUCAGCGUUUAAUGGUAGGGUAUUCACCUGAGAACAGUGAGUCGGGGAAACAGUACUCCGGAAGUGUAUGGGCUUCUCUUAUAUCUUCUCUUGGUGUCGCUUGGUAUGACUGUUCGCUCUGCCAAUUUUUCUCCUAUGUGUCAACCUUCACUCGAAAGCAUUAACAAUUAAACUAAAUGAUUUCUUCUGGUAGACAUAGCUUAGUGUUGUUACUUGUAAGUACAUUGAUUAGAAUUGCAAAAUACCGAUAAUUAGUGGUGUCUGUAACUACAACUUGAUCAGUAUGAUUUUCCGCUCAAAACGCGGGUUGCAAAGUCUUUGCUUGCGCGGCGUGAUGUCUACUAGCCCACAUGAAGUCCUCGUGUAAUUCCUCGUGUGGUGCACCGAAGAUCGGCAUACGAUUAUGCUCACUUCAUCACUUUUUACUUGAAUAAAGGGGGUAAGUUUCUAAUGAAACUGGUGUUGCUUCGGUGGGAGAGUAUAACAGGGUAAUUUUGUAUUAUCGACGGAGGUGAUAAUGUAAAUCGGCCACCGUAAAGAGUUAAAAAGCUGACGUUUCGAACGUUAGCCCUUCGUCAGAGCAAAAAUGGCAACGAAGGUGCCGAUGACUCUGCGAUUCACGUGGGCGUUACCGUGCCCGUGGGUAGAGAUAGGAAAAUACGGACCGCGCUAAGAACCCAUCAGAUUGCAGGAUUCGUCACCGUGCCCUCUGAAUACAUCUUAUUCUAGGAGCGAAAUAAUUUUUCCAAGCCCUGAAUAGACGAGGAAAAAAUACAAGUAACAAGCAAGAUUUCCGCUUGUGUUAUGUGUUAAACCUUCGAAUAAGAGAUAUAUUAUUCCACUAUUAUUUUCAGUUUUUAGUAUUUUAACUUUUAGUGUGCGAAUUACAUCGUACGGCUUUAUCUGUGCAUCAUAUCCAUUGCAUAAGAUAUGCGCGAAAGAUGGAAACAACCAGAACUAAAGCGUUCAAAUGUCCUUUGUGUUCUUUUGUGCUUAAAAGUUCGCUUCUUUAAAAGUCAAAUGUAAAAAACGAAAAAAAACAAUGUUUGGAUCGUUCAGUGCUGCCAAUAUGUUGCGACGUAUUUUUGCCUUGUUCUGAAAUGUAAUACUGUGGCAUAUUUUGCCUUCCUCAUUACUUUAUUUGGUAAAAUGACACAGUAGUGGAGUGAUAAAGCUCAUUAAUGUUCUGAUUCAUAUGAAGUAUCACCAAUUAGUUAUUCAAUUGCUAAUUGCAUUUGUAUUCACUCUUAGACCCGCCCACAAUUCAAAAUGUCACCACGUCAUCUAAGAAGUCUUGGAUUGGCCAGACAGUGACUUUGAAGUGUCUUUCUGAUGGUGUUCCUACACCAACACUCUCUUGGUACAAACCUCAAGGAAGUGGAAUAAACAAUGUCACAGCCAGAGAAAACGAAGUACAAGUGCCACUCAAGGGUGAUCAAGAUUUUGGUCAUUACAAGUGCACUGCUGCCAAUGGACUUGUUCCAUCUGAUAAGAAAUUAAUAAAGAUAAAUCAGAUAAGUAAGUAAAAAAAUCAGUGUAUUGUAAUAAGUAGAAAACUAUAUAUAAGGUCAGCAUUUUCUUUUGCCAUUGCUCGUUAUCACUGUUUCAGUUGCAGUAGAAGUAAAAAAACCACAUUUUCUUAUAAAGUAUUGGACAGAGUGACUCAUUCACUAUGUACAUCUCAUUCGAUGAUUUAACAUUUAAUACGUGCGGAUAUUUUGCAAGGCCCAGAGGCGUGUGGAAAAAAAAUAAGCUUAUGUUAAACCAUCGAGUAAGGGAUUUAUCAUUCUACUAUUCUUUCAUUUACUAACAAUUUGGCCGCCUAGAUUUCGACAUACAUCUUGCGGCCUUAUCUGGGCGCUCGGUUCGCAUUUUUCUCCUCUUUAGCUGCGUUUGACCAACACAUUUUUUUCGCGUUCGUUACCCAAUGAGGUAUAACGGCGUAAUAGUGGAAUUAUGCCAGAUAUAGUUAGCCUGAUCUUUUUAGUGGGAAAUACACCCAAAUUUAUAAAAAAAAAAGGUUGAAAGUAAACUGUCGACACCUUGCCCUUUGGUAGCAUUAAACACGUCACAAAGAGCGUUGAACUUCAGGCAGAUUGAUGACAUCUUCCCAUGCGGGUAUCUAUAGGAAACUUGCUCAACCAUGGACUAUAAAUUUUUUAACUUUUUAUGAGUCUCUUGGCUGAAUGUAUCCGGUAGCUACAUUUAUAUUCAUUAAUUACAUGUUAACGCACUCAACGAAUGAACUAUGGGGAUUUACCUGCACGAGUUUACGGACUAUUACACCACGAUAAUGACGUCAAGGAGGUUGUUUCGUCACAACCCAGUAUCACGUGGUAAAAUCAUCUAAUCAGAAAAUCGGAAUUCGAACAGUGUAUGAAAGUUAAAUAAUAAACUGUGAGAGACGUGGACUUGCAUUCAUCCUUAGUGUUGUGACAAAACUCAAAAUAAUCUCUUUUCUUAUGACACUAUGUAGAGAAACCAGGGAAAGCAUCCAUCAAAUCAGAAUCAGUCAUUCAAGCAACUUCUAUAACAAUACAAUGGACUGCACCAGCUGAUGGAGGAAGUCCGAUUACAGGAUUUCAAAUGAUCUUACAAAAGGAUGGAACUGAGAUAAAAAAGGUUAAUAUAACCGAUCCUGGGACGACAAGUUAUUCGUUUCAUGGUUUGGAGAAAGAUACCAACUACACAGUGAAACUGUUUUCCAGAAAUGUUGUAUUCGAGGGAGAUCCUACUGUAUGGAACAUUAAGACCAAGUUUGAAGGUGAGGAAUCAAAAGUGAUAUCGUGACAGAACACUUUACACCAAUCAUUUUUUCGCCAACUUAGAUAUGUUGUGAGUAACCCAGUUUUAACAACGUUAUCUGCUUGCUGCAUUAUAAGAUUUUUGAUUUUCAGCGUUUGUCCCCUCCUUAGUGGCCAGUUUCCUUUCCCUUUGUGAUAAUUGUUUUCGAGGUACCUACGUUUGAAGAAGCACAAUAAUAAACAAUGAAAAAACAAUGAUCGUAAGUGAGAACAAUAGACAACCUACGCGGUUACGUUCCGUAAAUGUUACCUGAUUUAUCAAGUAUUGUUUGCCUUGUCGUUUUUUUUUAUUUUCUGAUGUUCACGUUUCAAAAUCUGCUAUAUGAAUCAGCAACAACAACAGCCGCUACAUAGUGACCUUUAGGUUAGUUGGAUACAUUUUCCCCUAACUCUUACCGGCCAUAUUCAGAACGCCUAAUAACCAACUAUCCCUUUAGGCAGUGAGACAAUUUCCACACAUCGUUUGACCAAAGAAUUGAAGUUUGAAGAAAUGGGCCUUUCAUGAAUGUCGCUUCUAAUAUACAAAUAUUAUGGGGAAAUCUCGUCAAACAGUGUGUGGACGGCCUCGAAGAAUCCUUCGUAUAUUUUCUUUAAGUUGAGAAAUAACUUAUUUUCAUUUUGCAGGGAUAAGCCCAAACCAAAACAAUUAAGGUUGUCGUUUUCAAGAAAGUUUCUUUCGAAUCUCAUCGGGCACAUAUCUCACUCAACAAAAAAACUAUUGUGGUAACAGGUGUGUACUUAGUAACUGAAGCUGAGCAGCCGUAAUAUGGCAAUGAAGUUCGUCGCACCUGUUAUCGCUUAAGCGCUUCUUGUCAUUGCCUCCUCGGUUGGCAAACCGCCUGAAGAAGGCGGGAAAACCCGCGCCAGCUUAUAUUUGCAGAAGAAGAAUUGUAGGCCUGUAGUUAAUCAUGCGUGAUGUCAGACUUUUCAAAAGCGGAAAGUAGUUGCACACGAACUGAGAUCCUUUCUGUAACUACGUGACACAAACGAACGGUGAAUUGUAACGUCAUCUAUGCAUCGGUCCUUCAUUUGAUCACGUGUAAAUAGCAAUUACAAUGCCAGUAGAAGUCAGUGUAUCGUUCAAAUUCACCUUAUAAAUGCAGUUUUGUUUUAGGUAAUAACCGACCAUCAUUUUAGGCUUCUCAUUAUCAUUUUUUUGUCCUUUCAAAUUAUUUUGAAUUCAUCUCAAUACUUAACUUAAUUUGGUUGCCAUACACUUUCGUCUCAGAAAUAUCCCAAACAAAUCCUCGACCAGUUUACAGAUUAUUUAAUCACUGAUAAUGGUUCUGACCAGGUUUGUAACAAGAAGUUAUAUAAUUAUUAGAAAUUUCACGCUGUUCGUGUCGUUGACAUCAAUCUAGGAGCCCCAGAUGUGGUCGAAAUAGACGAACUGCCAAGUGAAACAACAGACGAUACAAUUACCCUAAAGUGGAAGGAGCCAGAAAGUAAUGGAAAAGUUAUUAUCAUGUAUACAGUGUACCAAAGAGUAGUGACUGAUGGGAAAGUGGGACAGUGGAGAGAAAUAAAGAAAACCAGAGAUGUUUCUGUGAGAGAAUUGAAAAUAGCGUUGGAGAGAGGAAAGGUGUAUCAGUUUGCUAUUACUGCAACUAAUGAGCUUGGUGAAAGCCUGAAACAAGAGGGAGCAAAUAUCCAGCUAGUCAAGACAGAAGGAAGUAUGUUCAAAUGA